GGAGCUAAGCCGAGCCGGAGCGUCCUUUGUGCUGGGCGACCACCCGGGGAUGCAUCCGAACUAGGAGCCAGGUCCAGGAUGGGGGCCAUGUCUUUCUGGGCCUUGGGCCUCCUGAUGCUCCAGGUGCUGCUUUUUGUGGCCGGGGAACAGAGCACACAGGACAGCACCGCUGCUGCCGCUGCCGCCAGUGAGAAAGGGCUCCACAUGCAGAAGGUGGGAUCUGGGUCGGUGCGGGCCACGCUGGCAGAGCUGGUGGCCCUGCCCUGUCUCUUCACCCUGUGGCCAUGGCCGAAUGCAGCCCGAGAAGCCCCUCGGAUCAAGUGGACCAAGGUGCGGACUGCAUCAGGCCAGCGGCAGGACUUGCCCAUCCUGGUGGCCAAGGACAACGUGAUUCGAGUGGCCAAGGGCUGGCAGGGACGUGUGUCACUGCCCGCCUACCCCCAGCACCGGGCCAACGCCACGCUGCUACUGGGGCCGCUGAGAGCCAGCGACUCUGGGCUCUACCGCUGCCAGGUGGUGAGGGGCAUCGAGGAUGAGCAGGACCUGGUGCCCUUGGAGGUGACGGGUGUCGUGUUCCACUACCGGGCAGCCCAGGAUCGCUAUGCGCUGACCUUCGCAGAGGCCCAGGAGGCCUGCCGUCUCAGCUCGGCCACCAUUGCAGCCCCGCGGCACCUGCAGGCUGCCUUUGAGGAUGGCUUUGACAACUGUGACGCUGGAUGGCUCUCUGACCGCACUGUUGGGUAUCCUAUCACUCAAUCCCGUCCUGGUUGCUAUGGUGACCGUAGCAGCCUUCCAGGGGUGAGGAGCUAUGGGAGGCGUGACCCACGGGAACUCUAUGAUGUGUAUUGCUUUGCCCGUGAGCUGGGGGGCGAGGUCUUCUAUGUGGGCCCGGCCCGCCGCCUGACGCUGGCCGGCGCGCGUGCCCAGUGCCGCCGCCAGGGCGCCGCGCUGGCCUCGGUGGGACAGCUGCACCUGGCCUGGCACGAGGGCCUGGAUCAGUGCGACCCGGGCUGGCUGGCCGACGGCAGCGUGCGCUACCCCAUCCAGACGCCGCGCCGGCGCUGCGGGGGCCCCGCCCCGGGCGUGCGCACUGUCUACCGCUUCGCCAACCGCACCGGCUUCCCGGCGCCCGGAGCGCGCUUCGAUGCCUACUGCUUCCGAGCUCAUCACUCUACACCACAACAUGGAGACCCAGAGACCCCCUCCUCUGGGGAUGAGGGGGAGAUUCUGUCCGCCGAAGGGCCCCCAGCCCAAGAACUGGAGCUCAGCCUGGGGGAGGAGGAGGUGGUCACCCCUGACUUCCAGGAGCCUCUGGUGUCCAGUGGGGAGGAAGAGACUCCGCUCUUGGCAGAGAAGCAGCAGUCUCAAGAGACGCCCAGCCCUGCCCCUGGGGGCCCCAUGCCAGCCUCAAAGCCUGCCCAGGAGGCUGAGGAGAUAUGGCUGAGCACCGAAGCCCCCAGCCGCAGCAGCGUGGAGGCAGGCACUGCGGGAGACACACACAGGGAGGCAACCCCAGCCGGCCCUACGCCUAGGAAGAGGGGCCACUUUAAAGGGUUGAAUGGGCGCCACUUCCAGCAGCAGGAACCCCAGCAAGAGCUGGACGGGGGGCUCGAGGCCAGUGCCCAGCCCCCUAGCUCAGAGGCUGCUGGGAAUCAUGUGGAGCCUCCCCUGGCCACGGAAGCCACAGAUGACUUGAGGAGUGGCUGGAGCCAAAGCCCCUGGGCGGUGCUGACUAAUGAGGUGGAUGUACCUGGAGCUGGUUCCCUUGGUGGCAGGAGCUCCCCAGAGCUCUGGCUGUGGCCCCCAACCGUGGUCCCACCCAGCAUCCCAGGCCCCAGCAGGGCCCUUGGCCUGGAGCUAGAGGAAGCCAGGGGCCCCACUGUGAGGCCAGCCACCCCCAACCUGCCCUGGUCCCCCAUGGAGAUCACUGCCCUGGCUCCCAGCCCCUCAGAGGGCCCCAGCACUGCCUCCUGGGAAGCGUCCUCCAUGGUCACUUCCCCAGACCUCCCUGUCAUGGCCAUGCUUCGUGCCCCCAAACUGGGGCUACUAUCACAGCCUACACCCCUCCCCACCCAGGCCAAUGGGAUCAAGGAGCAUAAUGAGGCCAUAGCCGCUGCCCCACCCUCCCCUACCUCAGACACCGAGGCCAGCCCCCAGGACCCCAUCCAUCCAGAGGUGUAUUCCUUGCCCCUCUCCUCGGGCCUGAAAGAACAGGGUGGAGAGGCCACGUCCCCAACACUCAGUGGCCACGGAGCAGGAACUCCCACAGCCCCUUUGCAGGCAGCCACAGGCACACAAGGUGGAGCCAGUCCCAACUCCCCCAGUGCAGACUUUGCAGAAACUGGAGGGACUAGCCCUACUAGGCUCAGCAAAGCUGAGCACCCCAGACCCAGCCCACAGGCUUCUGUGGGUGGGAAUGUGGUGGCAGAUUUCAUCCCCAUUGAAACUGCCACUGGGCCCACGGGAAUGAGUGGCACCUUGGGGUCUGAGUCUGGGGUCUUCAGCACAGCAGAGAGCCCCACUUUCAGCUCCCAGGCCAUGGUGGAUGAGGUGCAGGGCACGGGGCCCUCACUGCACAUUGAAGGGCUGGACCUCCGCCCCCCAUUUUCAUCCUCAGGGGGCCCCAGAGUCUCCUUGAUGCCCAAGGUCACCCCAAGUUUGGAGCCUUGGGGUACUAUAGAUGGAGAAACCACAGUGGAUCCCAUGGAUUCCAUAGCCACUCUGGACCCCAGCAAUGCUGGUGGGACUUGGGAACCUGGAUCCUAUGUGGUUGAGGGAGCUGAAAGCCCCACCUUGAGCCCUCAAGUGGCUGUGGAUACAAGUGUGGUGACGUCCCUGGACCGGGGAGACAAGUUUAGGGCCCUGGCCACGUCCACAAUGACCUCCUCAAGCUCCCAGUCCCACCCAGAGCUUGAGGGCCAGAUGGUGACCCAGGGAACACUGGGAGCCUUGGCCCCUCCGCAUGACGGCAGCCCCCCAGGGGAGCCCACUCCUCCUCCUUGGACAGCGACGGCAGUCAGCAUGGACGAGCCUGUCUCAGUUUCCUCAGGGGAGCCUACAGUGCCAUGGGACUUCCACAGCACCCUGCUGCCUGUCUCCCUGGGCCCAGAGGAGUUUGAGCUGGAGGUCCUGGCAGGGAGCCCAGGUGUGGAGGGCUUCUGGGAGGAGGCAGCAAGUGGAGAGGAGCUGGCCCUGCCAGGGACCCCUGCAAAUGGGAAUGCAGUGGAGGCCCCCUCGGAUCCCUGUGAGAACAACCCUUGCCUGCAUGGGGGCACCUGUAAAGCCAAUGACACCAUGUACGGGUGUAGCUGUGACCAGGGCUUCACCGGGGAGAACUGCGAGAUUGAUAUCGACGACUGUGUCUCCAGCCCCUGUGAGAACGGAGGCACCUGCAUCGACGAGGUCAACACCUUUGUCUGCCUUUGCCUCCCCAGCUAUGGGGGCAGCCUCUGUGAGAAAGACACAGAGGGCUGUGACCCAGGCUGGCAGAAGUUCCAGGGCCACUGCUACCGCUACUUUGCCCAUCGGCGGGCGUGGGAGGACGCCGAGAGGGACUGCCGCCGCCGAGCCGGCCACCUGACCAGCAUCCACUCACCUGAGGAACACGGCUUCAUUAACAGCUUCGGGCGUGAAAACACGUGGAUCGGCCUGAACGACAGGAUCGUGGAGAGGGAUUUCCAAUGGACGGACAACACGGGGCUGCCAGACGGUCCCAUCGAAUGCGGCGACACCAUCACCACCACCACCACCACCACCAGCAUCGCCACCACAAAUCACGCAAGGAGCGCAGAAAACACAAGAAAUACCCAGUGGAGGACUGGGAGAAGGAAGAAGGAAAUUUCUGCUGAAGAACCAGGCGCAAGAAAGCACAACCCCCUUCCCACACCUCCUCUGGAGCUUUCACCUGGGGAGACAGAGCCCAGAGAGAAACAAGAGGGUCUGGAAGCCCCUGAGCCCCAAACCACAUUCCUCUACACAUAAUCCUUUGUAAAAAGCUCCUCUCUCCUCUUUCUUACAUACACAGGUCCUCUUGGCAGGCGUAGCCACGUGUCUGAAAAUCCAGUUCCAGUCAGGCUGAACUCUGGGAGCAUCUCCCACUGGAAGGAAGCACAAUAGGCAAAGAUCAUUCUUUGCACUGGUUUAGUCUUUUGUUGACAAGGCGGAUCGCCACACUUGUUGAAAUAAGGGUUUGAUGAGAGUGCAAGAGUGUAUGUUUGGAUUCACACUAAUGAAUUGCUUUUCACACCAGAGAUUCAGGCUUAGUAAAUUGUCAGAUGUCCUAAGUGCAGCCUGAAGCCUUUGGUUAAGGUCAUAGGCUCUGGGAGUAGAAAUCUACAUGGAAGCACACUGCUGGAACGUGACACCUGCUUGUCCUUCACCUUGGGCUUCAGCCCAAGUUCGGUCUUUGGUCUUGGUGGAUAAACAGAGUGUGGAGCUCUUAUGUGCUGAAUUUUAGGAAUGUUUUUAGAACAACCUCCCUCUGUGCCCUCAGAGUUGGGGUCAGAAUUGUCAGAGCAAUAUGUGGGCAAUGGAGGGAAGGUGUAUUGCUUGCCCUCCUAGGUCUAGUCCAGUGCUGAGAUUUGGUGGUUCUGCAUGUGUGGUGAAUCUCACACACACACACAGAGGAGAGGAUGUUUAGGGCUCUACGAGCCCAGAUUUCUUCCCACUCCAUCUCUCAGGGAGACAAAGAACCUCAUUCCUGGACCAAGGAGGUGCCAAGUUUUCUAGCUCAGUGCCCGUACGUCCCCAUCCCUCAAGCAGACAUUGGUAGUGCCCCUGCCCUGGGCCCCGCCCCUGCCCCCCCAUCCUUGUCUCCAUCCAUUGCCUGGAGGACUAGAAACACUUAAAACUUGAAGUAGUGACAUCUACCUGAGGUCAUGUUGUAGAGAGAUGCACAGUGUUAAAACCGAAACACAUACACAUAUUUUUCUCUCAUGGUUUUUAAAUUUUUUAAGUGGGAAAGAACUCCCCUGGCCUUCCUCUCUUCAAUUGGCAACCUGUAAAAGGACUUUCCAAGCUGAAGGUCAGGAUCCGGCUCCCUGAUCUCUGGCAGGAAAGAUCCAGUUUUUCCUCUAUGUUUUGUCCACUCUCAACUCCUCUAGUCUGGGUAAAAUCUGUGGAUUAGUGUUAAAAACCACAGUGGAGAAUGGCCCUCUGCAGGAAACAAAAAUAGGCCAAUAUAUGGUCCAUCUAAGGGUUCAGUAGAAAAAGAAAUGUGUUGACUGUGCCUAUAUCCCUCCUGGGAAGUAAGAAUCAUAGUUGACAACUAUGGAGUAGGUACCAUGCUAGACUUACACACUAUCUCCUUGAAUCUUCUCAACAGCCCAGCAACUUAAGAACCAUUAUUUUCCCAUUUUACACAUGAUAAAACUGAGGCUCAGAUAAGGGAAUGGCAGUGGCUUGAAGUCACAGCCAAGACAGGAGUAAGGAUUUGGUCCUGUUUCUGUCUGACUCCAAACACUGCUCUCUACUUUGGGGGAGGGACUGAAACACAAUUGCACGUGCUCUCUCGCACACAGGCAGGUUUAGGAAAAGAUUGAGAAGUGCAAACUAGACUCUCAUCCUUGACCUUGGUUUUCAGUCUUCUCUGCUAUAGACAUCAUCCACUGUUCCACCUUGUGGUUAUUGUUGAGAAAGCCAGGGAUAUAGGUUUGCCUUCUUGCUUUGAAAAUUCUUGGUUUAAGAAGUUUAGUAAUAAUAACACAUCUUCAGUCAUCCAUGUCACAAAGAAUUUUUUUUGUUUGGGGAGGGUGCUGGGGAUACAACUUUUUUGGGGGUUCUUGGUUCAUGCUCCCUGCCCUUGGCCCCCUCAGCCUCUUGCCCUGUCCCCGCCCCAGCUCCAUGGUGGGAGGGGGCUCCGGUCUUUUCUAAAGUGGGUGGUUUGUCUUUUGGUCUUUCCCUUUGGGAUGUGCGUGUGUGUCUGCGUGUGCCACGUGCGUGGCAUGCGUGUGUGUGUGCACGUGAACAGGUUCGGGGCCUGCUGGUUUUGUGGUGAGCUGCAGUGUUCCGUGGGUCUGUGGUAUCUGACACUGUGGAUAUUAAUGUACUUCUUGGACAUUUUAAUAAAAUUUUUUAACA